UCCGAUUCCUCUCCUGUCUUCGUAUCGGGGGCCGUCGGUGCCUCUUCUGGAUUUGGGUUCUGGGCAGCUGCAAGAACUGGUCAGUUUGGGGAUGACAUAUUCGCGUAGUUGCAUAUGGUGUCACGGCAUACCCAUUGUUGACAAUGUGCUGGAUUGUUUUGAAAGUGAGAGGGUAGCUGGUAAACUUUGCUGGUGCGUAUGUGCGGCGUUACUAUCUGUACUUUGAUGGAGGUAGGUAUUAUAAACCUACUGUACUGUACGUAUGGUACUGUACGUAGGUGCGUAUGCAGAACGGGGCUUGGGGCUCGCUCGUCUCGCUCGUCACCAUUCCAACAUUCCACUCAGCAUUCCACCCUUCCCCGCACGGCACGGAAUUGCAUUUCUGGACUUUCUGGACGAUUAGGGAUCCGAUCUCUCGCAUAGCACUAUGCUUAAAUGCUCAGCUUCGCCCUCUCUCUCCGCGGCGAUGGCACCCUCCAAUAUCCAAGCCCUGCCCAGAAGGGGGUUACGUGAUAGUCGCCAAUCGCCGCACAAAACCUGCCACUCUUGCCAAAAAGUACCCAGGCUGCACUAUCGUUGACGUGACAUCCAAAGGUCCGCCGCCGUGGCAAAAGUUUUCGCCCUUAUUCCCGCACGGGAAUAUUCCGGUCCCGCCGCGUCCGGGGCAGACGGGGACGAGUGUGGAAGGGAUCUGCUGUGAAGGUCUUCGAAGACGAAGGCACGGACGCCAGCCGGCUCACAAGACCGACAUGAAGGGAAUGAAGCGGGAAAAGUCUAGCAAGAGCGGACGGGUCCUCGGACACGCCGAGAAAGUCUCUCCCACCGCCAGCCGACCACGGCUGGGAUAUCUGGAAGCUCGACAGCGGAUAUAUCUUCCUGCGUAUUAUAACGCUUGACGAAGGACGUGCACGAGCUGAAACGAAUCAAGCAAGCGGGACUUGUCCUGCUCGAUUAUAAUACAAAUGAGGAUAUCAAUGAUUUAGCGAAGCCGUUGAACCAUGCGGGACUGGUAUGCCGCUGUAUUUUGAGAGUGAGUUGUUUGAUUAGCC